CCUGAAUUCAAAACAGAUCCAUGUGCUUUAUUUCUUUAAAAUCCAUGCUAUAAAAUAUUUGCGGCGUGAAUCAGUCGUCAAUAAUGGCCAAACUACAGAGCUACUAUGUGCUGUGUCCCCUGAUUGAUCAGAAGAGUUUCCUCGGAAUAUCAGAGGAUAAGGAGGAAGAAACUGUUGUUGUUACGUUGGGACGCAAUGUGGUCAACAAAUACAGGCUUACAGAUCAGAAGCAGACGGGAGGAUGGACUUCCAAGGAUCACAUCACGGCGCCAGUCAUUUACGACACAGAGAAUAGUUGCUAUGUUGGUGUCUUUAACAACAAUACAAUAAAAAUGUGGAAGGAAGAUUCAGACAAUUUGGAUAAAGUUAAGAAGUAUAAGUUCCCCCUCCCGAUUUGCCGAGUACUACCAGGACUGAUCAUCUUUGCAAACGGAAACUGUGCAUCCCUGACGUACGCGCUCGAAAAUCGCAACUCUUACGAUGGCAAGGCGACUAUUAAGGAUGCUGACGAAAUUGUGGCCGUCAGCACUUACAAGGACCGGGGGAACAACAUAUGCUGCGUUGUCAAGAAUAAACAGGACUAUGAGAUUAUACAGUGCCCGUUGAGAGUGGAGUUAGGAGACAUGGACAAGUCUAAGCUGCAACGAGUCAAGGUGACGCGACCCGACGUGUAUGUCGUUGGUCAGCUUAUCCACGCGUCCGAGAAAACGGUCUACAUCCUGUGGAGCGACUCCAAAAUUACCGCAUACAACCUAUCCAGGCGUUCCUGGAACUCCAUCGGCACCAUUCCGUGGGUGUCCGCGCCUUCCCGCGUAUCCCUGAGCUGGAUGGGCCAGAACCACAUCGUGGUCUUCGGCAGCAACUCACACCGCGACGGAGCCAUCAUAGUCGCCUACAACGUCCAACUCAACAUCGGAUCCUGCAAAUAUCCCAUGAAAAUGUAUACCGCGGAUGCCAAACUGUACUGUUUUGAUGACCGGAUUAUUCUCGAAGCUUCUAACCAUAUCGGAAUACUACCCUAUGUCAUUGAAGAGAAACGCCACCUGUCGAGCUUACUAGGCUCGCAUGAAAUCGUUGAAGAUGAUUGCUUAGAAAUUGCCGAUUGGGGAUCAUCGACAAACAAAUCCGAAUCGCAAUUAACUUGGAACGGUAAACCAUUGAAACAAGGAUUAUCUGAAAGGACUCUUUGUGCACAAGUCAUUAAUAAUAUAUUUGAAGAAUCCAACAUUGAUUGUGAGAGAAUAAUUGAUGUUUUAAAGGAGUUUAAAGAUGUCCCUGAAUCAGUGGUUGUGCUUUUAAUAAACCAUGUAAUGAAAACAAUUAAUGAUAUGAAAACGUUUAAAGAAGAUGCGUCAAUUAGCAACAAAGUUGUUGCAGCGUAUAGCAAAUAUGUGUCGGAGUUUAAUCUUCUUGACUGUCUACUUGGUAUAACAGUUAGCGAUUCUUUCAUGCUAACUUAUCUAAGGAGUAGUAUGUCUAUGGAUAACUCUCUAUUCUUAUUAGCAUAUGUAGCAUGUUUGUUGAAAACGGGAAAAGGUGUGGAAGUUGAAGAAAAUAAGCUUUUGGACUGGUGUAUGGUGCUUAUGGAUGCUUUCUACCAGCAAUACUUGAUGACGAAAGACGAGAAGGUGACAGAAGUGCUGACGCAGACAUUAACCGUCAUUAAAGACCUAAUUCAAGACCUAGACGUGGUCAAUAGCACUAUUGCACUGAUGCAUAAACUGCUGUAUACUAAAACAGUUGAAUCUGGUGAAGAUUUACCGUAUUCUAUUGAAUUGAUGGAAAUAUAAGUAUUAUUUCUA